AUGGACGCGCACGCCCUCCUCUCGGCGCAAGGAUGGCGCGGCAAAGGACACUCACUUCAUGCCACGGACGACUCUAUCGGGCUUGCGAAGCCGCUCCUACUGAACCGCAAGGACAACACGAAAGGCCUGGGCACCAAGGCACACUUCACGAGCGACACGUGGUGGAUGAAUGCGUUCGACGAGCAGCUUCAGGGCUUGGACACCUCAAAGAAAGGCCAGGUGAUGCAAACAGUGACGCAGGGCCGUUUGAACCAGAUCGAAAAGGUUUCCGGCGGGAAGUGGAUGCUGUACGCGAGUUUUGUACGAGGCGGGUUCCUGGAGGGGACGAUUCAAGAGCACGAGAGAAAGGCUUUGGAGGAGCAUAGCGGCGCCUCUACACCCGAAAGCGAGGAGACCACGACAAGCUCGGAAAGCGAGGCGGAAGCAAGUCCGAAGAAGAACAAGGAGAAGAAGGAAAGGGGUGAGACGAAGGAAGAGAGAAGGGCGAGAAGGGCCGCGAAGAGGGCAAGGAAAGCGGCCAGGGAGGCGAGGAGGCAAGCUAGAGGUGCAAAGAAGGCAUCGAAGGCUUCUUCGGGGGACCGGGACCGCAAAGAGUCCAAGGAGGAGAGGAGGGCGAGAAGGCAGGCGAAGAAGGCCAAGAGGGAGGCGAGGAAAGCGAAGAAGGGGGGUUCUGGAUGA